AUGUCAAGAAGUUCUGAAGAGGUUACAUAUGAGGACUUAGAAGAGACAGAUGUAAUAAGUGUCGAACUUGUACCAGAGAGGAAAGGUUUAAUAUUGAAACACUGUGAAUAUUAUGUGAGUUCUCGAAGGCAUGGUACAACUGUUACAAGGCGCUAUAAUGAAUUUGUUCAGCUGUAUGAUGUGUUAGCAAUUAAAUAUCCUUAUAGAGCAAUUUGUGGCCUACCCCCUAAAAGGGUAGUAGUGGGAGGUGGCAGUCCAUUGUUUCUGCAAAGGCGUCGAGCUGCUUUGCAAAGGUGGUUGACCUUAGUUGCCCGACAUCCUGUGUUGGCCCAUGACGCAGAUUUGCGAAUGUUUUUAUGUGAAACCAAUCUUAAACUUGAUAAGCCAAAACACGAUGAAUUUAUUUUGGCGGGAACGCAAGAAGAUAAUCGACACGAAAUGACGACAGAUGAAAUGCAAGAGGAAUUCGCGUGUGGUCAGGAACAGUUACGAUUGGUGCAGCUGGGUUUGAAGAGGCUUUGCAAGAUCUUUGAGAAAGCUGAAAGCCGUUGUGAAGCUGAGCAAGUGGAUAUUCGUGAAUUGGGAGCGGGUUUGAGCGCAUUGUCUGUUACCUCUAAGGCCGAUACGCAGCGAUGGACCAGGGUCAGGGAAUCUAUGAAAGCGGCUGCUCAGCUGGUGUCAGACAUGGAUGAGACUUCCAUAUCCGACGAGGAAGCACAACAGCGUCUCCUAGUAGCUCUAGACGCGUUAAUCGCAUACAAGGAGCUCUGUUCGCGGUUAACGCGAGGAUUGCACGGCGAGCGAGCAGCGGCCGCAGCCAGUGCGCCGCAUAGUGCCGCGUCGCAUACACUGCGGGAGCGGCAUAGAUACGCUAUGCGCUGUGCUGUGGAGGAGGCUCGCCUUUCCCGCGUAUACGCACUAUCCGCUCUCGAGGCUCUGCCCGCAUUGCUGCACACACUGGGCACUGCUCACGCACGCAUCGCCGCCUAUUGGGCUGACCUGCAUACCGCACUCAGGCAUGCCAAUGUUAAAUCUAACCACAGAUAA